AGGUCACAGCACUCUGGUCAUGUUGGAACCGUUUGAACAUAAAACCGUUUUUCGUUCCUUGCUGUCAUCUGACUGAGUGCUACCGACUGCACCGUCGUUUGAAAGUGUAUGCUCGCUGUUGCCUUCUCCCUUCGUUUCAUUAGCCAAGCGCUCAAAACGUUGUCUGGUGUGGAAUUUCUCCGUGACAACACGACGCAAGAUGAAGCUAGACAGGCGCUGGAUGUGGCGGAUACUGUUCCUCUUUGCCCUAACUGUGGCAGUGGUACUGACACAAAAGCACUCCGAGCUGGACCAAUCAGAAGUCGAUGAAGAGAUUGGCUUGGAGGAGGAGGAAACUGAUCAAUUAGUCUUUGGGGAGGAAGAAGAGGAGGAGGAAGAUGAAGAAGACGAAGAAGCAAAACAAACAGACCAUAAAACCAAAGCCAUUGACGAGGUUUCCUUUCAAGUAACAUAUGAGACACCUGUGCCCAUUGGAGAUGUCCACUUUGCUGAGACAUUUGAUGAUGGCUCAUUUGGCAGAUGGCAGUUGUCCAAAACUGUGAAAGAAGAUGCAGAUGAUGACCUCACCAAAUAUGAUGGAAAAUGGUCUGUGGAGCAGCUGAAGGAGAACAAAAUUCCAGGAGAUAAAGGAUUGGUGCUCAAGUCCCGUGCCAAGCAUCAUGCCAUCGCCGCUAUGCUUGACAAACCUUUCAUCUUUAAGGAUGAGCCCUUAGUUGUACAGUACGAAGUUAAUUUCCAGGAUGGCAUUGACUGUGGUGGGGCUUAUAUUAAACUGCUUUCAGACACCGGAGAUAUAAAUCUGGAACAAUUCCAUGAUCGCACACCCUACUCCAUCAUGUUUGGACCCGACAAGUGCGGUGAGGACUACAAGGUGCACUUCAUCUUUCGCCACCAGAAUCCCUUGAACAAAGAUAUUGAGGAAAAGCACGCAAAGCGAGCUGCGGUUGACUUGAAGAAGUUCUACACUGACAAGAAGACACACCUCUACACUUUAGUCUUAAACCCAGACAACAGCUAUGAGAUAUUCAUUGACCAGUCGAGUGUGAGUCGUGGCAACCUGCUGAAUGAUGUGGUCCCUCCGGUCAACCCUCCUAAAGAGAUCGACGAUCCAAAUGACUCCAAACCUGAAGAAUGGGAUGAGAGGCCCAAGAUUCCUGACCCAGAUGCUUCCAAGCCUGAUGACUGGGAUGAGGAUGCACCUGCAAAAAUAGAAGACCCAAAUGCAGUGAAGCCAGAGGGCUGGCUGGAUGACGAAGCUGAAUAUAUCUCAGAUAUGAAUGCUGAGAAGCCAGAAGACUGGGAUAACAAGAUGGAUGGAGAAUGGGAGCCACCAAAGAUCCCCAACCCAAAGUGUCAAAGUGCUCCAGGCUGUGGUCUGUGGAAUCCGCCCAUGAUUAACAACCCUCUUUAUAAGGGCAAGUGGAAAGCCGCACUGAUAGAUAACCCCAACUUUCAGGGAGCCUGGAAGCCUCGUAAAAUCAUCAACCCAGAAUAUUUUGAGGACCUGCACCCAUUCAAAAUGGCACCUUUCAAAGCCGUGGGCUUAGAACUGUGGUCCAUGACUUCAGAUAUAUACUUCGACAACUUCAUUGUCACCACCCGGAAAGAAGUUGCUGACCGUUGGGCCUCUGACAGCUGGGGCCUAAAGAAGUUGGUAGCCAGUGCUAAUGAGCCUGGGAUUUUUGCCCAGCUGAUGAUUGCAGCCGAAGAGCGCCCAUGGCUCUGGGUGGUCUAUAUCCUGACAGUCGGUCUGCCUGUUGGACUUGUUGUGCUCUUCUGUUGGCCGAAGAAACCAAAUGAUUAUGUGUACAAGAAAGUGGAUGUGCCGCAGGCUGAUAUAGAAGAGGAGGAAGAGGAAGAAGAGGAAGAAGCAGCAUGCAAGGAUGAUAAAGAUGCAAAGGCCGGCGACGUAGAAGAAGCUGCAAAGACUGAGGAGGACAAGGAUGAUGUAGAUCCAAGUGGGGACAAACCAGAGGGCGGGGGACAAUGGAGAAGAAGAAGAGGGGGAGGAGCUGGAAUGAGCCAGUGACAAGGCCGAGAGCGACAAAGAAGCUGUGAGGAAGAGGAGGGUAUGGAAAGACUGGACAUCUCCACGUAUUGUAUCCAUCUCUCUACAGGGAUGACUUGGAAGAGCCAUUGCUCCUUGCCUGAGCAGGACAGAGCUAGCAAUCCCCAUCUCCUGGUAGCAAUCUGACUGCUACAUUUCCAUCAGUCUCCUCGUAUCGCCUUUCUAGUGCAUCUAAAUUAUUUUAAGUACCCCCCCCCAAACAUUCGCUCUUGUUCUUCAAAAUAUUUAUUUUCCUUGUUCAAUUUUUCACUCAUGGUGUCAACUUGGCUCAUUCGGUUCUGUUUUUGCAACCAUCAAUCCGUCCAUCUGUCAACUCAAAGGCAAUGUACAGCAUCUGGACUUUCACCUCGUGUCCUUUGCUUUCAAGACCAUGUACAGUGGGGCAAAUAAGUAUUUAGUCAACCACUAAUUGUGCAAGUUCUCCCAGAGGCCUAGAGAGGCCUGUAAUUGUCAACAUGGGUAAACCUUAACCAUGAGAGACAGAAUAUGGAGAAAGAAAAAAAACAGAAAAUCACAUUGUUUGAUUUUUAAAGAAUUUAUUUGCAAAUCACUGUGGAAAAUAAGUAUUUGGUCAAUACCAAAAGUUCAUCUCAAUACUUUGUUAUGUACCCUUUGUUGGCAAUAACAGAAGCCAAACGUUUUCUGUAACUCUUCACAAGCUUUUCACACAGUUGCUGGUAUUUUCGCAUAUUCCUCCAUGCAGAUCUCCUCUAGAGCAGUGAUGUUUUGGGGCUGUCGUUGGGCAACACAGACUUUCAACUCCAAAAUAUGUGGCGGAAAACACUCAGGUGACUUGAAGUUCUGCUAUGAGGCCCCCAAUUUGGCCAAAUUUCAAAAUUGUCCUAUAUGCAUGUGUGAUACAUCAUUGGAAAACUUACAAUCUCAAUUUUCUGGGGGAAGAAAAUUUUUGAACCACAGGACAUUUAAAAAAAAAUUAACAGUAAAACCCUAACUGAAGGUGAGCGCAUGAGAGAGCAUAAUUAAAGACGCCAUGAUUUUGACGAGAUAUUGUCGCGUACUUGAGUGUCAAGACAAAGCUGUGAAUGGCCACAGCCGGAUUUUGGGGGGAUUUUAUGGGUGAAACAUUGUACUAUAACAAGGGUUGCGAUGCAGAAAUCGCAGACAUCAAGGAGUGGUCGAGAUUUUCUUUCAUAUAUUUAACCAUUUAAACGAUUUUUUCCCAUUUUUGUUUGGAUUGAUUAUCUUAAAUAUUGGGGAAAAUUUGACAGUAACAAAAAAAAAAAUACAAUUAAGCGAUAGUUAUUAGGUAGAUAUGUGUGACGUAUUUAGACACGAUUUUUCAUUGUGAUGUAAUUCGUUUAAAAGUUUAUAAUAUGCGAGUGAAUACUUUUUUGAAGUUUUUUUUUUUUUUUACAGACUAAAAUUGACUAACAUUUGACAGACAUUUCGAAUAAUAAUUACUUCUAUUUAUGGCUGGGUUGAAACAAAAGCAUUUGCACAACGUCUGUAAACGGGGAUCUCCAGGGUAAAACGGACAUUAAAAAUAGUUUGGGGGCUUAAUGUACCAUGAAGCUGCUAUGGCAGCAUAUAGACAUAUUGUUCUAUCAAACACCACGGUUCUUUUGGCUUAAAAUACAACAGUUUAUUUUAAAGAAGGGUGCAAGAGCAGACACUGCUUUUUCAGCCUUGUCCGUGUUUUCCGCCAUAUAUUUCCUUGAGUUUUUCUGCUUUUAAGAUUUCCAGUUGAAGGCAACACAAUGCUGUGUCAAGAGGUUACUGGAAGAAGAGUGGCCUUGAAGGCUUCACUUAUUUCUUCUGAGCAUUUACAGUACUUUUUGUCUUUGUAUUAAAAAAAGAUAAUUGUGGACUAUCAACUUCAAGGGCCCACUGUAGAGAAGACCUCUGUUAACAGCAGUGUGAUGUGUGUAGUUCUUAGCAACAAUUGAAAGCAAAAUAUCUGCACUAUGUAGGUUCUGACUCAUUAGCCUUGGAACAUUUUAUUUUUGGCCACCUCAGAGCUUUUAUAGAGUUCUAGCUAGAUAUUGCAAAUACCAUAUUACUCUUUACAUUUGUUUGCAAAACACAACAUUGCUCCUGUUACUCUUGUAAAUGAAAUAAUUCAGUAUUUAAUAUGGAAUUAUUUGUCUCAGGUGUGAUGUGCGGGUUGAAGAGAACACAAAUCCAGAGCGAACAUCUUAAGCUUUUAUUAAAAACAAUGUUUCAAAGUAACAGUGCCGGGUAUCUUUUCACACAAGAUGGAUCCUGGAGUGUGUACUGUACUCUAAAAUACUUUAAUACAACUUAAUAUAUCAAAAUAAAUUACAACUUUUCCCUUUUCUGAA